AUGGCGUACUGGCUCCUCCUCUUCUUCUUAAGUCACGCUCUGCUGUUUGGAAGUUCCCAGGCGUCGAAUUUCCAGCUGACGAAUUAUGUGACCAGGCCCCCAGUUUACACCGUACAGACCCCCAUAUGGACAUUUAUCCCCAACUGCUGGACGCCGUGGUUCGAUCGCGAUGACCCCGCCGAUACUGGAGACUGGGAGACUCUCUUUGAGCUGAGGCAGGAGCACCCGGGCAAAAUCUGUCAAAAGCCGCUGCAGAUCCAGGUGCAGACCACAGGGGGCGCUCCAGCAGCCUCCACCGGGGAAGUCUUCUUUAAGUUUGACACAGUGACUGGGUUUGCGUGCAGAAACCAGGACCAGGCUCCGGUCUGUAACUGUCACGACUACAGAGUGCGCUUCAUGUGCCCCUUCCACUUCUGCCACAGCUUCUUCAAAUAUCCCUUUCUUGUCAAAAGCACGUCCAUGACUGUUCGUCCACCUCUGACCAGAGAGACACUCACCACCAGACCCACUCCAGCGAUCGCCGACUUUCACCCACAGUGCUGGACUCAGUGGUUUGACAGGGACGACCCUGCUGGUAGUGGAGACUGGGAGACUCUUAUAAAUUUACAUCUCCAAAACCCUGGAAAGAUCUGCACCAAACCCCUGCAGAUCCAGGUCAAGACCACCUCAGGCCAGUCAGUGUUGUCUACUGGCAACGUCAUCUACAAGAGUGACACAACGACAGGAUUCAUCUGUAGAAACUCAGACCAGAGAAAAGGCCUCUGUUCAGACUAUAUGGUUCGCUUCAGAUGCCCUCCCGAUUUCUGUAAACCUCCUCCACAGUGUUGGACGGAUUGGUUUGACCGGGACGAUCCCAGUGGGACCGGAGACUAUGAGACUCUCCCGCAACUGAGGUCACAGUAUCCAGGUCAGAUCUGCACCAAACCGCUCCAAAUCCAGGUCGAGACCAAGGGCGGAGUACCACUCAGCGCCACCGGAGACGUCAUCUACAAGGCCGACACUGUGUCUGGAUUCAUCUGUAGAAACGCAGAUCAGAAGAAAGGCCGGUGUAGGGAUUACAAAGUCCGCUUCAUGUGUCCUCUUAGGUUCUGUGUCCAGUCCAGGUGCUGGACGCAGUGGUUUGACAGGGACGACCCCUCUGGUACCGGAGACUGGGAGACGUUAGCUUCCCUUCACAUUUCUUACCCAGAGCAGAUCUGCGCUGCUCCUCUGCAGAUCCAGGCUCAGACGACCACAGGGCUGCCCGCCAUCGCAACCGGAAACACCUUCGCAUCAUACGACACGACUGUGGGCCUCAUCUGUAAAAACGCGGAGCAGAAGAAGGGCACCAGGUGUCAUGACUUCCAGGUGCGCUUCCUAUGUCCCCCCGACUUCUGCAGACCCAAAGGUUGUUUCACAGAGUGGUUUGACCGGGACGACCCCUCUGGCUCUGGGGACUGGGAGACUCUGUUUGCCCUGCGCGCGGAGUAUCCAGGACACGUCUGUAACAGCCCCCUGCAGAUCCAAGUGCAGACUACAGACGGGUACAGCGUGGCCGCCACAGGCAACGUCCUCUCUGCAGCGGAUGUGACGACCGGUUUCGUCUGUCAAAACUCAGCUCAGCCCGUGGGCCAUUGUCACGAUUUUAAAGUGCGCUUUGUGUGUCCAAAAGACUUCUGUCAACAAAAAGUUUGCUGGACUAAGUGGUUCGAUAGAGACGACCCCGAUGGCACUGGAGACUGGGAGCUUCUGCCUGAUCUGAGGAAACUUCAUCCAAACGAGAUCUGUGACACGCCUCUGUACAUCGACGUCAGGACCGUGGACUCCAACCAGCCCAUCACUGCUACGGGACAGGUCCUGCACAUCUAUAGUCCAACUCAAGGAUUCGCCUGUCGAAACGAAGACCAGCACGGCUGUAAAUGCAAAGACUUCAAAGUGCGCUUCGGCUGUCCCUGUAAAUGCACCGUAGACAUAAACUAAGCCCAGAUGUC